AUGCCGGUAGAUCAGGGGUCCUCAAGUAGUACAGAUUCACUGAGGCAAUUGAAAAUGAAGCGUGCACAGAUUAAAAGUGCGUGUACUAAGUUAAAGAACUCGUUAGAUGCGACCACUGUAAGUAGUAUGUCUUUAAGCGAAUUGAACAACCGCAAAUCCAAAUUAGAGGAAUGUUGGCGACAAUUUGACGAAUUACAAACAAAAUUUGAUGUUUAUGAGGUGGCGGAAGAUAGCGAUUAUGUUUCUGGGGAACGUGAUUUGUUUGAAGAUAAUUAUUACAAAUUGGCGGCUAGAUUAGACGAUCUUAUAGUCGCGCAGACUAACGCUACUGCGUUUAACGUAGCAACAAAUUCAAGCGAAAAUAACGUCGCAAUAGCCGAACCGAGUGAUUCGCGGGUGCGGUUGCCGAAGAUUGCGUUACCUACAUUUGCAGGCGACUACGAAGAAUGGUAUCCGUUUUACGAUAUGUUCAAUUCACUUAUUCACCUAUGUCCCUCUGUGUCUGCUAUUCAAAAAUUUCAAUAUCUAAAGGCCUCUUUGAGAGGCGAGGCCACGGAUAUCAUUAGCUCCUUUGAGAUUUCACGGGAAAACUAUGUAGAAGCAUGGAAUAUUUUAAAGGCGCGCUACGACAACAAGAGAAAAAUAAUUCAGAAUCAUGUCAAGGCCAUAUACGAAUUGCCGUUGGUAAAAAAGGAAUGUGCGGUUUCUUUAAGAUAUUUAAUAGAUGGAUUUUCUAAGCAUUUGCGUGCGUUAAGGGCUUUGCAACUGCUCACUGAACAUUGGAACGCUUUACUUUUGCAUGUAAUUUCUGCCAAAUUGGAUCUUGUAUCGAAUAUGGAGUGGGAAACAAGUUUGCAAACGACGGAUUUACCUAAGUUGGACGAUAUGAUACAAUUUUUAACGCGUCGUUGCCAAACUUUAGAGGUCUCGACGAAAAAACCUCAAUUAACAAAUAAUGCGACCGAUUUUUAUAAUAAGCCACGAAAUAAGCUUACAUCCGCGCAUCUUUCUACGGAUAAAAUUUAUUGUUCGUUAUGUAAGGGAGAUCAUUUUCUGGGAAACUGCGAGAAGUUUAUUGGUAUGCCGGUUGACAAAAGAAGGCAAGAGGUAAUGUCAAAGAAGUUAUGUUUGAAUUGUUUGCGUGCUACUUCACACGUGGCCAAGGAUUGCAAAUACGGUACAUGUAAAAAAUGUAAACGACGACACAACACGAUGCUUCACUAUAAUCAGAAUCGGCAAGAUCAAUCGAGUCGAGUUCCGGGCGCGAUCGAGGCGCGGGGCGAGGAACCAAGACGCGAAGAGUCUAGACGCGAGGAAUCGAAAUGCGAGGAUCAAUCAGUAGCCGCCAUCAAUCACUCAUCUCUUAGGCCAAUGUACCCUGAUGUGUUGUUGUCCACGGCGCUUGUACACGUAUAUGAUGUUCACGGAAAUACCCACGAAUGCCGCGCGUUGCUCGACAGUGGUUCUCAGUCCAAUUUUAUUGCGAGUGGCUUGGCCAGACACUUAGGUUUAACAAAGCGUGAGGUUGAUAUUCCUAUUGGAGGGAUAAAUCAGGCGGUCACGCAUGUACAAGAAGUCUGCGAGGUUCGGAUUGGGUCCAGACUGAAUAAUUUUAAUGUAAGGGUCGAGUGUCUCGUGUUGGAUAGAAUCACUCAAAGAUUGCCGGUAAAUUCUCUUGAUCUUACGAGGCUUGCGAUUCCUAAUAAUAUAAAAUUAGCGGAUCCUAAUUUUCACGUAUCUGGUGAGAUCGACCUAUUGCUCGGCGCCGAAAUAUUUUGGAGUCUAAUGUGCGUCGGCCAAAUCAACGUAUCCAGAGAUCAGCCGUGUUUUCAGAAGACCCACCUGGGGUGGAUUGUUUCGGGAAGGCUAACGGAACAAUCCAGCUCCGUGCGAGCAACUUUAUGCAGCAUCGCGAUGGAUGAUUUGAGUCAUGCUAUAAGUAAUUUUUGGAAGCUGGAGGAGACGCAUUCGGCUCGUCAGCUUAAUCCGGAAGAGAAAUUCUGUGUAUCGCAUUAUGCCGACACCUUUAAGAGAAAUGAAGAGGGAAGAUUCAUCGUAACAUUACCUACUAAGGAAGAUCAACUGUUGAAAUUGGGUCAAUCCAGGAAUAUUGCUUUGCAUCGUUUCUUGACGCUUGAAAGGAAAUUAACAAAGGAGCCGAGUUUAAUGGAUCAAUACGCCAGAUUUAUCAAGGAAUAUGAAGAGCUGGGUCAUAUGAGGUUGAUAUCAGCGGACGAGGAGUUCUCGAGUUGCUUGCCUAAUUUUUACCUCCCGCAUCAUACGGUUGUGAAGGAGACUAGUGUAACUACCAAAUUAAGAGUAGUUUUUGAUGGAUCCGCUAAAUCCGAUACGAAUACUUCCCUGAAUGACGUGUUGAUGGCGGGACCCAAUUUGCAGGAGGAUAUAUUUUCCAUUUUAACGCGAUUCCGCACCUUUCAAUACGUCCUAUCGGCUGACAUUAGCAAAAUGUAUCGUCAGAUCUUGGUGAACGCCUCCCAAACGCCGUUGCAGAAAAUCCACUGGAGGUCCCACGCCGACGAAAGUAUAAAAACCUAUGAACUAUUAACCGUAACAUAUGGGACCAAAUCUGCCUCAUUUCUGGCUAUUCAGACCUUGCAUCAAUUGGCGGCCUUGGAGGCGCACAAUUUUCCUGUCGCGCCAAGGAUUGUUCUUCGAGAUUUCUAUGUGGAUGAUCAGUUAACUGGGGCAAAUACAAAGGAGGAGGCCUUGAACAUUAGAGAUCAGGCGGCCGCACUGUUGGCCAAAGGAGGUUUUCAACUGCGAAAAUGGGCAAGCAAUUGUCAGGAGUUGCUUAAGGACAUUGCACGCGGAGAGGUGGAGCACAUGGUUCUAUCGUUGGAUAAGGUUCAGGUCAAUAGCACUUUGGGGAUUCAAUGGGAUCCAUUCAAUGACACGCUACAAUACGCCACGGUGGAAGACACGAGCAUGCAAGGGCGUGUAAUCAAGAGAAAAAUAUUAUCGUGCCUGGCUAAGAUAUUUGACCCGUUAGGCUUAUUGGGGCCAAUAACAUUUACUGCCAAAUGCAUCAUUCAACAAUUGUGGAUUCUCAGGGUUGAUUGGGACGAGUCCGUUCCUUCCGCAAUUCACGCUAAGUGGCUAAAAUUUGAAGGUGAAUUGCCAUCGCUGCGGGAACUCCAUAUUCCAAGAAGUGUUGUGUGUGAGGAAAGGCCGUUGCUUUUGGAGCUUCAUGGAUUUGCGGAUGCUAGCCAACAGGGUUAUGGAGGCUGUGUUUAUCUGAGGUCCACCAAUGUCGAUCAUAAAAAUCAAGCAUAUUUACUGUGCUCCAAAUCACGUGUUGCUCCCUUGAGGGCUAUAUCUAUUCCCAGACUGGAGCUAUGUGGGGCCGUGCUGCUGGCAAGAUUAAUGCAGAUGGUUCUAAAAUCUCUUCCCUUUACGCCCGAUAAUGUAAAUUAUUGGACAGACUCUACCAUAGUGUUGAAUUGGAUACGGGCACCUAGCCGCAGCUGUGCUACAUUCGUCUCCAAUAGAGUUGGAGAGAUACAGGAGCUAACCCCCAUCCGCCUGGAAUUACAUAGGUACGUUAGAAAAUCCAGCGGAUCUUGUUUCAAGGGGCAGUAUGCCCAAGGAAUUGCUCGUGUCCGCCUUAUGGUGGAGGGGACCGGGAUGGUUGGCAAUGGAUCGCUCUGA